GGUCAUAAUGGAAAUGUGAGUAGUGUUAAUUUCAGUCAUUCAAACAUGGGAGAAUUACUUUUAACAAGUGGUUAUGAUAAAAAAGCAUUAAUUUGGAAGUGGAAACAGAAUCAAAAACCUUUAUUAAUUGUUGAUUCAUUACAAUUUGAAGACAAAUUUAAGAAAAAUAUAUCAAUCCCAGAAGAAAUUUCAGCAGCACAAUUUUAUUAUAUGGAUAAAUUUAUAUUAUUAACUUACGGAAAUAUUUUAAAUAUGUACUUAUAUAAUUUGGAUUUUUCAAAGUCAGAUAUUGAAAGCUAUAAAAUGAAAAGUGAAUAUCAAACUAUUUUAUCUCUCACUUUGGAAUCAAAACGAAUAACUGCUCUUUCAGCUGUUAAUCAAUUUUAUUCUUGUAUCCUUUUCAUUUUUAUAACCUUCCUAUCUCUUUUCAUAAUAAAUGUUUCUAUUUUUAAUGAAAUAUAGGAACUGUUCUACUUUCAGCACCGGGGUGAAAUCAACGUUACACUAUCUGGAACCUUUGACCGGUGCUCUAUGCGUAUAUAUUGUAUAUCGCUUGACAAACGUUUUCGAGCGAUCUGUUCGCUCUUCUUCAGGUCGACUGAAAAUUCCCCGGACGGAGUGUAUAUUAUUUGUUGGGAUCGGGUGAUGGUUCCGACUGGGUGGGU